AUGCCCGCCAUGAACCAGAGUCUCGCCUCUUCGCGCCGGAAGUCGCGCAAGGCUCACUUCAACGCUCCCUCCAGCGAGCGCCGCGUCCGCAUGAGCGCUCACCUGAGCAAGGAAUUGCAGGAGAAGUACAAUGUCCGCUCCAUCCCCAUCCGCAAGGACGAUGAGGUGAUCGUGGCUCGGGGCUCCAGCAAGGGACAGACCGGCCGUAUCACCACCGUCUACCGUCUCAAGUACUGUGUCCACAUCGAGCGUGUCGCCCGCGAGAAGACCAACGGCCAGUCCGUCCCCAUCCCCAUCUCCGCCUCCAACGUCGUCAUCACCAAGCUGCACCUCGACAAGGAUCGUGAGCAGAUCCUUGCCCGGAUCGCCAAGGGUCGUGAGGCCGUUCAGAGCAAGUCCGCUUAA